ACUUCGCUUCUUCUUCGCACACUUGAGUUACAUAAAACUAAACCACUCUCCAGUUGAAGUUUGUUAAUUGGCCAUACUGUUAGCAACUUUGUCGGGACAAUUUCAAUUUCUUCAUCGUCAAUUUGCGGUACGUCAACAUGUUUAAAAACGUCAAGUCUCUCGUCACACCAGUGGCGUCCGCAGUGAAGACAUCAAAGGGAAGUUUUUCUGCCGUGGCGAAACCACAACCGAAUCCCAAUCCAGAGAUCCAGUUUACCGGGAUCUUCAUAAACAAUGAGUGGAGAAAAUCUUCUUCUGGAAAAACGUUCAAGACGCUGAACCCUGCUACCGGCGAAUGUGUGGUCGAAGUACAAGAGGGAAAUAAAGAUGAUGUGGACUUGGCCGUGAAAGCAGCCCAAAAGGCGUUCAAACUUGGUUCAGAAUGGAGAACCAUGGACGCUUCCUACCGGGGAGUGCUUUUGCAUAGACUGGCCGACUUAAUGGAAAGGGAUCGGCUCUACUUGGCUAAUUUGGAAACUUUGGACAAUGGAAAACCAUUCAACGAUUCUUUUAAUUUGGAUGUACCAAUGUCCAUUGAUGUUCUCCGAUAUUACGCCGGAUGGGCGGAUAAGAAUCAUGGCAAAGUGAUCCCAAUGAAUGGGCAACAUUUUGCGUUUACCCGGCACGAACCGGUGGGGGUGUGCGGUCAGAUAAUACCUUGGAAUUUUCCACUCUUGAUGCUUUCGUGGAAGUUAGGGCCUUGCUUAAGUAUGGGAAAUGUUUCAAUUAUGAAGCCAGCUGAACAGACUCCGUUAACUGCCCUGUAUGUUGCUGAGUUGAUACGUGAGGCUGGUUUUCCUGCUGGAGUUGUUAGCAUGAUUCCUGGUUAUGGACCGGGGGCAGGUCAACCAAUCGUUGAACAUCCAGGGGUCGACAAAAUCGCUUUCACUGGAUCUACUGAGGUUGGCAGAAUUAUUCAACAAACCGCUGCAAAAAAUUUGAAGAGGGUCACACUAGAGUUGGGUGGAAAAUCUCCAAAUAUCAUAUUCAAGGACACUGACCUGGAUUAUGCCGUUCAAAUGGCACAUUUUGGCCUUUUCUUCAAUCAAGGACAGUGCUGCUGUGCCGGUUCUCGAGUAUUUGUGGAAGAUGCCAUCUACGAUGACUUCGUAGGAAAGAGUAUUGAAUUGGCCAAGGCAAAGAUAGUGGGCAACCCUUACGACCCGAACACCACUCAAGGACCACAAAUUGACGAGGAACAGAUGAACAAAAUCUUGCAUUUGAUUGACUCUGGGAAGAAGGAGGGGGCCAAGCUGGCCAUUGGAGGGGGCCGUCACGGCGACAGAGGGUACUUCAUUCAGCCCACCGUCUUCACCGAUGUUCAGGACAACAUGACUAUUGCAAAGGAAGAAAUCUUUGGACCAGUCCAACAGAUCCUCAAGUUCAAAAAUGUCGACGAAAUUAUUGAACGUGCAAACAACACAAUGUAUGGCUUAGCCGCAGCUGUCUUUACUAAAGACUUGGACAAAGCCUUGCAUAUGGCGUCGGGACUUCGGGCUGGGACGGUUUGGGUGAACUGUUACGAUUCAUUCAGUCCACAAACGCCUUUUGGAGGAUUUAAACAGUCUGGCUUUGGCCGAGAACUUGGAGAAUACGGACUGAACAACUACACUGAAGUGAAGCAGGUUACCAUCAAGGUUCCACAAAAGAACAGUUAAACUAUUGGAUUUAAAAUAUCGCCCAUCUGUUAUUUGCCGGUUCAAUUUCAUCAUAUUAUUUCAUCCGAGCUUUAAUUAUUCUUUCGGCAUUUUCUCUUGUUGAAAAUGCACAUUUUUGUCAAACAUACUUGAUAUUAAGCUUGAUAAUAAUAAACAAAUCAUUGAGUAUAUUAA